AUGAAGACGGUUCUGCUCUCUCUCCUCUGGCCUAUGGCUGCUCUCGCGGCCACCACCACAAAUCUCACCACAACAGGCUGUGUUGACGCCUCGGGCCUUCAAAAGUGCCUUGACAACGUUGCCUCCACUGCACAGACGUGCCUGGAUAAUGCGCGCAAGGCUGGCAGCCAGGCCGAGAUUAUCGCCUGCGGGUGUGUGUACUACACCGACAACGUCAACUGCUACGCCGCCAGCUGCUGGAACCGUGUCUACGAGUGCGAGUACCAGAAAUAUGUUUACGAGUAUCUAAAGAACUGCGAGACCGCCAAGCUUCCCCUGCCAUACUUCCCUGCGCCAGAUAAUGCACCGGAUGCGUGCUCCUGCAACCUCGGAAAGGUGUACCAGACGUUCCUUAACAAUCUUAACGAGGGUACCUCGUGCAUCAAAGGAUCGUCAUCUUUCGGGAAAAGGGAUGCGCUUGGAUCAAUUAACAAAAUGGUCGCCUGCGAAUGCUGCGCAAUGAGCGGCGCUCUUUCCGGCAUAUACGAGACAUGCCCUGACACCGAUCCCAAUCUCGUUGGCCUAUCAUACGUAUCUCAGCUCGAAACUCUCUACAACCAGCCAUUCUCGUCUUGUGCCCCCUACAUGUCCUCUUACGAUUGUCAGAAGGAUCUCAGCUUCACUGCCGCUAGCAGUUACAUCUCGCCCGGCAGUGCCCUUACCACCGGCAAGGGGAGCCUCUCAAACGGAGCUGGCAGCGUGACCAGCCCGGGAAGCGGUUCCGUUUUCUCAUACACCAACCUGGCCGACAGCGUUGUCUACACAAUCACCGCGGCGAGCGCGAGCGGGAAUCAUAAUAGCGGAGGAAGUGGAAGCUCGAGUGGCUCGGCUCAGGCCAGCGCGACUGGUAGCAAGAGCAGUGAUCAGAAGGGCGCAGCUAUGGGCAUCAGUGUAGCAGGGAAAAGCGCCCUGCUGGUGAUUCUUACGUUUCUUGUGGUCAUUCUAUAG